CCGAAGAUCAAAAGUUGACCCACUUAGUGAUUGUCCUCUCGGAGACGGCUGGAAGGUUGUUGAACUGGACCUUGACAAGAAGAUGUCAGCUGCCUUGGUCAAGUGUUUCUGUUUUUUACAGAGGGUGUGAUACUACAAUGAAACUGUCUGAGCUUGGGUCACACAUUCUGGACUGUUUACAUAAACCUACAGGGGACCUAGAUGCAAAGGAUGUAACUGAGACAGAUUGGUAUAAGAAGCACUUUGAAUCAGCCAAAUGUUGGGAGACAGAGACCAAACACACCUGUGAGCUUCGUAACUGGGAGGAAAGACUCCAAAUGACAGCAGCAGAAGACAAUGUGGACAAGUUGUGUGCUUUGGCCCAGGAGCGCCUGAAACUCUACAGGCAACAUCUGCCAAAGCCAGGAGACCUGUUGCAGCAUGAAGAUGGCCACUCUCCUCUGCAUAGCCUGGAGCAGGCUGCUGUCCACUAUGCAUCAGCUAUCAGACUUAACUCCAGAGAUGCCAGGCUUCACUUCCAGCUGGGUGUCGUGCUGGAGGAGCACCAUUACGCUACAGAGAUGUACGGCCUGCAGAGGAAGGCUGACAGAGAGAAAAAUGAUUUAAGUGAUGCCAAAUCAACAGCACAUCAGGAUGACAUCUUGGCUGUGUGUAAACUGCACGGUUUCCUUGGAACACCCACAGUAGAGAACCAGCUGCAGGCUCUGGAUAAAGAGUAUCAUCUGCUCAAAGAGCAGGGACAGUCCAGCAAAGCAGACUAUGUUCAGACUCUCUACAUCUGGCUUUCUAAGAACACUGGCAAGGACAUCAAUGCAACUAUGCAGGAUAAAGAGAGCUAUGUCCACCGAGCCCUUCUGAAGUACCUGGAUGCCUGGUCUCUGUGCCCAGAAAGCUGGGAGUACAGCCUCCAUGCAGGAAGGCUGCUGCUGCUGCAAGGGAGGGAAAGGGAAGCCCUGCUGCACUUUCACAAUGGGCUGGCCCUACGGCCCCUACACCCUGCACUCAGAUUCUUCGCAGGCCUGGGUCUGCUACUGCAGGAACAGAAAGCCUCUGAGGAUGCAGAGAAGGAGGCUGCUCUGUUCUUACAACAGGGACUGGAGCACUUUAUCAGCCAGCGCUGCAGCAAGAGCUGGGAGGAGCAGGAUCUAUCGGACCCUCUGUCCAGCCUCAACACACAGUUCCUACGAGGCCUUCUUACUCUGGGGCAACUGCAGCAGAGAAACACAUUAUGCACAAAGGCCAUGAGUGCUGAACAGGUCUAUUAUAUUGUGGCAAUGCUGAGUGCCCAGAGUGUGAGUCAGUGUGUGCGUCGUGGUGAGGUGAGCAGGCAGCUGGAGUGGGUGCUGCUGGAUGCUCACUUUGCCCUGCUGCAGAGGCUGACCCAGCAGAGUGAAUGCCAGGCUAAGACUGGCAUUGAGAGGCAGUCUCUGGUGGCAAAAAGAUGCCAGGCCCUCACAGCUCUAAUACGUCACACCUCUAUCACUCCCUGUCAGGAACUUCUUGACAUGCAGGAAAGGACGUGCCACCUUGCAGUAGUAACCACACCGCGUGACAGCCAUGCCCUUUGUCUCUUGGGUCUGGCACAGCUGGCUCAGUACGACAAUAACCCAAAUUCAGAAAGGUCAAAGGAAGCCAUAAGUGAUGCCUUUCUCAGCCUCCAGGCCAGCAUUGAGCUGGAACUCAAGACUCAGAUUGGAGAGCCCCCUGAACAGCUGACCAAACAAAAGUGGUGGCAGGAAAAGGUGGAGGUUAAAACUAAGGAAGCUGCCAAGCAGUCCAUCACCCAGCCAGCUGGUGUAAAGCCUUGUGACAUCAAAUUGGCAAAAAGAGGAGUGCAGCAGGUCAGGGGAGGUUCUAGGUUUGUAGCAGUAGCUGUAACCAAAGCACCGGCUCCAGCUCCCGUCAGGGGAGGGAAGGCUGUCCGGAAUCCAGCCAAAACCCCUGCAGCCAGGGGGAGUUCUGGAGCAGCUGCCAAGCCAGAUAGGGUGAAACUUUCUAGUAAUAACACUAAACCUCAGCUCCCGCUCAACAAGUCUAAACAGGACAGUUUCUCUGAUACUUUAAGGACAGCUGAGGUUGCUGUUACAGAUAAAAUCCAUGAGUCCAGUCUGGUGAACCGCAGAUCUCAUGCAGCAAGACUGGGUCUGGCUCGAGCCUACUCACGAUCUCCAAACACCCAGGACCAAGCAAAACAGCUAUACCAAGAGGUCAUCGCAAUGACACCAGAGAUCCAUGAUGCCUACAUUGAGCUUGCGCAGCUGCUGGAGCCAUCCAACCCUCAGGCUGCUUUGGAUGUAUACUGCAAAUUUCCUUUGAAGCCUGUGGCUGAGCAAAACUUCGAAGAUGCCUUCAUCACAGGAGAGAUUGUGCGCAUGCUGAUGUCUCAGGAGCAGUACGACCACCCACAGCUGGGCCCCAGCCUCAUAGCUUAUGGCAAAGUCAUGGGCCUAAGUUGCAUAGAGCAUUACAUUCAUAUUUUGGAUGGAAAGUGUAAGACCAAGCUGCUAAAGACCAUCUAUGCGGGGAUUCACAACAGACAAGAGGAUGAUGAGGAUCUGCAGACCUUCUUUAAGUUCAAGUGCUGGAUAUGAUGUUUUUGGUUGUUUGCCUUGUUGAUGUAAAAAAUUCCCAUCUUUUGUCUUAAUUUGGAGUCUUCAGUUUAAUCCUGGUCUCUUCUUCCUGGCUGCUGUGUAUGGUAGGGCAUUCACCAUCUAGCCUUUUAAAUGGCCCCCCACAUUUCAUUUCAAAGUGUAAAUGACCAUUAAUGUUGUCUUCAAAAGAAAUGGGACACACUAACACCUAUAGUAGCAUGCAAAUCAAAGGGGUGACGUGCAACUGUGAUUGAGCCUUUGUGUGUUCAUAAACAAAACUACUUAUCUUGACUACAAUUACUACUGCAGUAUGAAAUAAGCCAUUGGUAUUUGGUUAAAGCCACUGAGAAAUCCUUUUGUUUUUAUUCAAAUACAGAUUUAAUUAGGAAAAACACCUCUUGAAAAUGUCAUUUGAAAAGCCACAACUUAAACAAUAGACAAAAGUGAACUACAACAAUGUUCACUGACAGUGCAACAACGGAAAACUUUUCAGUUUCCUCCUACAAAAACAGAAAUUGAUGAGAGAAAAUAAAUCUUGAUCCCACAGUAA